AUGCAGCAGGCAGCGAAUCCUUGGGAUUUGUCAGCCCGUUCCGCCAGCAGCAUGGACGAGCCCCAACCGUCGUCGAGGAGCAUGAACAAAGUGAAGCCAGACAAGAUGCAACGAGCAGCUAUGCAGAGCCUGGCCGAAGCAGAUGUGUUGCAGUUGCUUCUGCAGCAGGUCUUUGAGCGGGCUUCUUUGGAUGGAGUGCUUAUCGAGUCCUUCUACCUGCAGCAGCAGAUCCACUGGGAGAUCGAGAAAUGCUCCAGUCCACGUCUUUCAUCACCCAAAACAAUGAGGACCAUGAGGAAUCUGCACAAGCUCCUCACUCGCAUGAGCUUGAAGCGAAUGAUUCAGUUUAUCCAGCAUAGCCCCGUUCGUGACCACAGCUUCCUCGACGAUGUGCAGACACAGAUGGCCUCCUUAAGGGCGGGCACGAGUGACCUCAGUGGCGUGAGGCUUGCCAAGUCUGUAUGGCUGUAG